AUGGCCCCAGGAAUGCCUAUAGAUGCGAUUUCAGGUACCGGCAAGGUUUCCACAGCUAACACUGGCUACUCUAAAAGGGCCUAUGUAACAUUUUUAGCCGGUAAUGGGGAUUAUGUUAAAGGGGUAGUUGGAUUGGCUAAGGGUUUGCGCAAGGUGAAGAGUGCAUACCCUCUUGUUGUAGCAAUAUUGCCAGAUGUGCCUGAGGAACACCGUGAAAUUUUGAGGUCUCAAGGUUGCAUGGUUCGUGAGAUUGAGCCUAUUUAUCCUCCUGAGAACCAGAUUCAGUUUGCCAUGGCCUACUACGUGAUCAACUACUCCAAGCUCCGCAUUUGGAAUUUUGAGGAGUAUAGCAAGAUGAUAUAUUUGGAUGCUGAUAUCCAAGUGUACGAGAAUAUAGACCAUCUGUUUGACACCCAAGAUGGCUACUUCUAUGCCGUGAUGGACUGCUUCUGUGAGAAAACAUGGAGCCACACCCCCCAGUACUCCAUCCGCUACUGCCAGCAGUGUCCAGAUAAGGUGAACUGGCCUGCUGAGAUGGGCUCUCCUCCUCCCUUGUACUUCAAUGCUGGGAUGUUUGUCUUUGAGCCUAGUCGUUUGACUUAUGAGAGCCUUCUUGAGGCUCUCAAGAUCACCCCACCAACCCCAUUUGCCGAGCAAGAUUUCUUGAACAUGUUUUUCCGAAAAACAUAUAAGCCAAUCCCUCUGGUGUACAACCUGGUUUUAGCCAUGUUAUGGCGACAUCCUGAGAACGUGGAGGUCGAAAAGGUUAAGGUGGUUCACUACUGUGCUGCUGGUUCAAAACCUUGGAGAUAUACUGGCAAGGAAAUUAACAUGGACAGAGAGGACAUCGAGAUGUUAGUGGCAAAAUGGUGGGAUAUAUAUAAUGAUGUGUCCCUCGAUUUCAAGGGUGAAAACUCAGUUGCAGAAGAAGAAACAUUUUCGAGGUCAUCCAUCUUGUCUUCCAUGCCUGAGCCUGCCAUUUCAUACAUAUCGGCACCCUCUGCUGCUUAA